AUGUCACGUUCUCGUCCAGGUGCAAACCUAAACACUUGUAAGUCUUGAUUGACUCUUUCGAUUUUGUUUCCAGUGAUAGCGACAUUAAGGUCUUCUGGGAUAGUACUUAAUUUUUGUCUGGAUGCAAUAAACAUACAUUUAGUUUUAAUUGCAUUCAGACUUAGUUUAUUCAAGCCAGUUUUGGGGAGUUUUAAGAUCAUCAUUUAGAACAGAGAUUAACUUGUCUUGGUUGUUGUCCGCAAAUGUCAAAUUCGGGUAUCAUCAGCAAAUAAACGCCCAUCUGAUACCAAUUCACGAUUAGUUAGGUAUAUAUAUUAGGAACAGUAGUGGACCUAGAAUAAACCCCUGAGGAACACCACAUGACAUGUUACUUUACGAGUAUCAGCCCGCAUGUUGUUAAUAACUUUGGGUACGAUCGGAAAGAUAAUUUCUAAAAAGAUCAAUCCUUUUAAUAUUUAAGAAUGUUUUUCAAAAUCCUUAUGGAAAUAGUAAGGAUCUUAGUUGAAAAUAAUAUGGAAAUCCAAUUUUCCUACAAAUUGCCAUUGCCAUGCAUGCUAGGGAUAUAGUAUGGAAAUAGUAUAAAUCUACUAUGAAUUUAGUGAUGUCAAUUCCAUUCACUAUUUCUUCCAGUGAUUGUUCCUUGAUAUUUCAUAUCUUUUUAUUUCAUUUCAGGGAGAUUAGCAGACGGUGUUGGGCGACCAACAAUGUAUCCGAUCUACCAGUUUUUGCACAUACUCAUACGAUGUACACUUCUGGUAAUUGUACAAUGCCAAGCAAGUGAGAGUUUAGAUUUUUGUUUCAAUUCUACUCUUGAAGGUAGGUGACGUUACGUACACUAUUAAUUAAUGGAUAACCAUUAUUUAUGCCACUUAUGCCUUGGAAGAUUAUUUUACUGUAGCUAUACAUCAUAUUGAAUAAUCUCAAGGAACUCCCCCCUCUCCUACCAUGUGAUGCUUUUAAUAAUAAAGCCACUCUAACAAUUUGACAACACAGUAUAUUCCCUCUUAAGACCUAUAACUUAAAUAUUGCGAUUCUGAUCUUUGUUUAUAUCAAUGUCUGACUAUGAAGAAAUAGAUUUUCCAACAUGAACUAUAUAAGAGCUAGAACGUUUGCCUGCAUUCAAUUUUACCAGAAACUAGCUUUUAUAUUUGACAAAAUUUCCAAUUCAAACAAAUUGCAGGUGUCACAAUGUCUCUUGCCAAGUAAUGGUCUCUUGCCAAGCAAGUGUCCAACACCAGAUGAUUUUUCUUGUCAGGGAGAGUUUUGCCACUCAAUGGGUUUAAAGAUCAAUCAAAUAUGUCAAAGUAUAAGGCAAUUCAGAGUUUCCACUGCACAUUUAAACGACGCGUUCUCAGUAGCGUAGCUAGCCCGACGAUUUAGUCCCGCUAAGCAAAUAUUUUCGUGUUCAUUGACUGUGAAAACAAUCUAUUUCUAAAGAAAUGAAUAAUGAUAAUAAGAUUGAUUUUGUUUUUUAACAAGCUCCUUGCCCCUCCAUCACAAGAUUCCAAUAAAAGCAUGAAAAACAGGUUGGUGGAAACCUCAAAGCCUUCACUGACACAAGACCAAUAGGAGAAUACGCAAUAUAGACUAAAUUAUAUAGACCCAUCCCUAUAACUAUUGUUAUGUUUGCCAGGUUUCAGACUUGAUGCAACAGUUUUGAAGACAAAAGGUGUUUCUCAAUUGAUGGAAUGCAUCGUGGAAUUUGUCAACGAGCCAUGUUGUCGGUCAAUCAACUACAAAAAGGACUUUCAGAAUACUGAAGCGAAUUGUGAAAUGUUACAUGACGUGGUCUACAAUACAUCUGAGAAAGUAUUGGAGAGAAACUCCUCUUACGAUUAUGUUUAUCUGCUUGAUCCACAAAAGGUAUGA